CAAGCGCGCGCCCGCGCUGAUGAGCUCGCCACCGCACACAUACACGCCACAGUUUCUCACUCGAUAUCGAAGUGUACGGUCGCGGACGCGGAUCGCGGUGCCGUUUCGCGUUGUCUCUUCACCGUCGGUCGGUCGGUCGGUCGGUUGGUCGGUGUUUCUCCUGUUGUGCCUUCUCCUUUGUGUCCACGGGCCCUAGUCACCCGGUUGUGGUCACGCGAAUGCCAUCGAUCGUCGAUCGCUAAAAAACCACAACAAAACACAACCACUCCUCCAAUCAACACACCUGCAGCAGCACCAGCAGCAGACCCAGCAGCGCGCAACGAUCGUGGUUUUUGGUGGCGAGAGAUCCACGAGAUGCACCACUAGCAGCCCGAGAAGAAAACAAGGAAACAAAACGAAAAGAAAAGCAACUGCAAUCAAACCAGCGAUCGGUCCUCGAAGAGAGAGAGAGAGCAACAGCAUCAGAAGAUCGUCCGUACGCUCGAUCGUUUAGAGCGCGGCGCCACACCUUACCGCGGCGCCAACGCAUAGAGCGAGAGAGAGAGAGAGAGAGAGCGCAAUUCCAGCAUCAUGGUCCGGCUACACUGGUGGACGGCCGACGGUUUGGCCAGCGCGAUCACGGUUGCUGGUCGGUCGUGGUUACCGUCCAAGCGCGCUGCUUCCCUGGCGCUGCUUCUGUCGCUAGCGGCCCUGGUAGCGCUCGGUGAGACCACCGCCAGCGGUUCCACGUACCCGGUGGAGAGGCGCAUCCAGGAGGAUCCGGAUCUUUCGGAGUUCUAUUCGAUGGUCGAGCGGGAUCCAACGCUGAUGCAGAUGAUGAAGCGCGAUGCGAUGAGUGUGUUCGCGCCGACCAAUCGGGCCUUCCAAAGUUUCACCGGCAACCUGAAUGUCCUCUAUCACGUCCUUCCCGAUUGGGUCCCGCUAGAUCGGCUCAACUAUCGGCUCGAGACGCUCGCCAACCGGGCGGCGGUGUACAUUACCCGGCGUAAGAUACCGACCGACCCGCACUACGAGGUGUUCGUAAACAAUGCGCAGAUCCUGGAUCUGCGCGCCGCCAACCGCAGCUACCGGAGCGAGAUGAACAAGCGCCAGGCACUCUAUAUCAUCGACGAUGUCCUGGUGUCGGUACCGUCGUUCGGUGAGAGCGACAAGCUGGGGCCCGCCACCGGUGACGGGGUGGUGACACCGCGCGUCAGCGCCUGGGAUUUACUGGUCCACUCGGAAUCGAGCUUCUUUGGCACGUUUCGCCUCGGACCGCUGAGGAAGCAGGUGAUGCAGCAGCAGCAGGAACACUUGUACCGGGGACAAGGCGACCAUACGUUCUUCCUGCCGGUCGAGCAAAGCUAUAAGCCACGAUCCAGUCUGACGCGGCUCGACCGGGUGGCGCUGGAAGGCCACAUCAUCCCGAACCGGGUACUGUUCACUGCCUGCGCCCCGUACAACGAACCACUGCGGACGCUCGCAUUCGGCGAGAACGUCAAAGUUACGAUAACCUUCGUCAGCUACGGUACAGGGCGCGACGCUCGCGUGUACGUGAUGUCACGAACGGCGCUCCCGAAUGCCCGGCUCGCCUCGGGCACGGUGAUCGCUCAGGUCGUCAAGGCCAACCUGCCGGUCGGCAAUGGGGUGGUGCACCUGAUCAACCGGCCGCUCGUCGUGGUCGACAGUAACAUCGCGCAGGCCCUGCAGGAGGACGAGGAUGGGAUAUUUUCCAAGUUUUUCGAUCUGAUCGAAGACUACGGGCCCGACUUCCUGCGGGCACUGCAGACGGGAAGCGGCCCGCGGACGCUGCUCGUCCCCGAUAAGACGGCGGUCAGCCGGAUCCAGGAGUCCAAGUACCUCAACGAUCGCAAGAAGAUGAUGGAGGUGUUUCGGAUGCAUCUGAUACCGGAGUCUCUGCCGAUCGAUCGGAUCAGGCGUUCCAGUGCCGGGAUCGGGCAUUACGCGACGGCAGCACCGAACAUGUUCCUCUACUUCGAUAUGCAGCAGAAUCAACAGUCGCACGAAUCGAUCGUCACGGUUGAGGGGGGCGGAGUGAACGCAACCGUGCUGCUGCCGGACAUUACCACCACCGAUGGCUACAUCCACCUGAUCGACCGGGUCCUCGGGUUGCCGCACAUGAGCGUGCGCGAAAAACUCGAAACCGAUCCGAUGCUCAACCUGUCGUACGAGUUGGGCAUGCUGAACCGGUUCAAUGAGCAGCUAAACAAAACAACCAGACGCUACACCUUCUUUGUGCCACGCGAUCAAGCCUGGGUUAACUGGUUUACGAAGCGGGCCUCGCGACGGCUCGACGUGUUUCUCCAACACCCGGACAAGGUACGCACCGUUAUGGAACGACAUCUGAUCAUCGCCGAUCGAGUGUUCCGGAUGAGUGAGCUGAAGAGCAUGUCGCCCGAAUCGCUGAUCCUGCCGACCACCACCAACUCGGCACCGUUGCGGCUUCGUGUGCGCCUGGAAGAUCGACGCUUUUUCAUCAAGUGGCAGGAGGGCGGCAACUGGAUCAGUGUGUUCCGGCACGAUAUCGAGUGCACCAACGGCAUCAUACACGUGCUUGAUGAGCCGCUGAUGCUGGACACCGAUAUCCCGGACGCGUCAAGCGGUAGCGGUGGCGGUGGCGCUGCCCCAUGGCUUCUGCUGGUGGCUUGCAUGCGCUGCAUCACGGCCAUCUGGCAGCAGUGAUCGGGUUGGGUGUUGGUGGUGUGGUGUGUGGUCCAACAUUCCCUCCCUUCUGCAUCUUUCGCCUUACUCCGAAGCUUUCAACUGAUUUACCUGCCGCUGGUCGUGAUUCGCGCAGGAGAUUAGUUCAAAGUAGCCAUUCCACUUUUUUUUUAUUGUAAGUCUUCAUUAGGGUUUUAGGAUCUCUCUCGCUCUCUUUCUCUCUAUCUCUCUAUUGUUCUCUUUAUCAUUAUCAAUGUGUGCACACACAGACACACACACAAACACGCCCCUUUCCUUUCCUAUCGCCAAGGGUAGGUGCGAAAUGUUGUAUUAUGGAUUUUCUAUUUACAUGCAAACCGCUGAAUUUAUACAAGCAAACAAACCAACAAAACAAAACAAGAAUCUUAACUGUAAGCGCUUUCUAGCGAUAAGGGUGUGUGUGUUUGUGUGGGUGUGUUGAGAUGAAACGUAAGGACGCCUGGACGACGCGCGUGGUCGAAAAAAGGAGGGGCGCGACGCACCAGAGGCAGACGAAUGUAUUUUUCUGAAUAGAACUUUUGAUGAAGCCAGAUAAUGGUGUGUACCACUAUAUAGAGAUGCCAGAAACCGAAUUAGAUGGGUAAAAUAAAGCCAGCUGUGUAU